GCAAUGCCUAAUCUAAAGCAAACAGAUAACAACAAAAUGACCUCCAAAAGCCACAAGAGGCCGCCAAAAAGUUGAGAUGAAGAAACUACAAAAGGAAAGUAGUUGCCAAGUGACUUUUUCCAAGCGUAGGAAUGGACUUUUCAAGAAAGCUAGUGAAAUUUGCCUACUAUGUGGUGCAAACAUAGGCAUCAUCGUCUUCUCUCCCAAAGGAAAACCUUUCAUCUUUGGCCACCCUAAUAUCGAAACCAUAUUGGAUCGUUAUUUUAGUGGAAGCCUUGCUAUGGAUGAUUACGAGAACGAUUCGGCCACGACUGAGACCAGUCUAUGUUUCCAAGAGUUGUACGAUGAAUGCGAGGAGGCAUUGGAGAAGCUGAAAGAAGAGAAGAAGCGAAUUGAACACACAAAAGAAGCGAUGAAAAACAAGGGAGAGUUUUGGUGGGAUGAAGCCAUUGAUGAUAAUAUGGGGUUAGAGGAACUUGAGGCUUACCUUAAAGCCAUUGAGGAGUUGAGGAAUAAUGCGGCUAGGAAGGCUAAUGAAUCGAUGAUGUGCGAUGUGGUGGCUGAUUCCGGUGGUUACUUUGAUUUUGGUAUUGCUGCGGAUGCUUUUAAUUUUGAUCAUUGUCCAAGCCAAGACUUUGGAGCUGCUGGGCAGCUUUGAA